UCUGGUUAAUAAGUAAUUCCUCACCACAAUGCAAGUUUGAACAACGAAUACAGUCUCCCAACAAUAAAGACAGUAUCUCAGCUGAAACACUCUUCAGCGCAAGGAUAUAACUCCUUUCUCUCACCAAGAAGAAAAUGAAAAACAAGACAAGUGUUGUUCCCAGGGAAGGAGAAGCCCAACCUUCCAGGUGUGCAGAUAACAGUGCAUUCAAACAGCAGAGGUUGCCAGCUUGGAAGCCCCAGCUCACCAUUGCCUCUGUGCUCUCCAGCUUCUUUCUGACAGGGGCAUUCUGCCUCACUGUGGGAGUCUGCCUUGUCCUGUCUGCAAACAGCGUCAGAGAAAUACAGAUAGAUUAUUCAGAUAAAUGCUCAGAUUGUUCAAAGCUCCGUGAAAAUUCCUCUAACUGGAAUAAGGAAUGCCACUGUUCUAUUAAUUUCACGCUAAAGGAAGAUAUAUUGGGUGAUGUUUUUAUGUACUAUGGUCUGCAAAACUUCUACCAAAACCACCGUCGGUAUGUGAAAUCAAGAAGUGACGCGCAGCUGUUGGGCCGAAAUGUAAAUAUCCAAAGGAGCUACUGUGCGCCCUUCAGCACCUACAGGAACGGGACCCCGAUGGCGCCAUGCGGGGCCAUUGCCAACAGCAUGUUCAAUGAUACAAUUGAUCUGUUUUACAAUUACAAAUCAUCUGUGAUUCAAGUGCCACUGCUGAAGACUGGAAACAGUUGGUGGACAGAUAAAAAUGUGAAAUUUCGCAAUCCUGAGUCAUACAAUCUCUCUUCUGCAUUUGCAGGGACAGCCAGACCUCCUUACUGGCAGAAGCCAGUGUACCUGUUAGAUGAGGAAGAUGAGAGGAACAAUGGUUAUGUGAACGAUGACUUCAUUAUCUGGAUGCGCGUGUCGGCCUUUGCCACGUUCCGGAAUCUCUACCGGCGCCUCAGACGCGUUCAGCGCUUCGCAGAGGGCCUGCCAGCGGGGAAUUACACCUUCCAGAUUUCCUACAAUUUCCCUGUUACCAGAUUCAAGGGGAGGAAGCAUGUGAUUCUUUCAACCGUGGUGUGGAGCGGUGGAAGUAACCCAUUCCUGGGAAUUGCCUACCUGGUUUCUGGCACAGCAGCAACCCUGGCAGGUUUUGUCAUAACUGGCAUCCACUUAAAGCUCAGGAAGAAGAAAACAUACUUUCAGAAGCAAUAA